AUGAGCCCCCCCAUCCUGCUCCUCCCGCCGGACGCCCUCCACAACGUCCUUGGCCGCCUCCCCCUCCUCCAGGCCCUCGCCUGCCGCUCCGUCUGCCACCUCUUCCGCGACGCGAUCUCCUCCCCGUCCUUCCUCGCCGCCCUCCCCCCGGUCCGCCUCCUCGCCCUUCGCCACCCCCGUGCAGCCGCUUCCACCCCCUCCCUCCACGCCUUUGACACCGCCCUCGGUCGUUGGCUCUGCCUCCCCCUCUCCUUCCUCCCCUUCCCCUCCUCAUCCCCCGUCACCGCUUCCCCCUCCCUCCUCUACCUCUGGGCUGACACUUCCGCCGCCCCCUCCGCCGUAGGCGACCCUAAGAACCCCAAGUCCCUCAUCCUCUGUAACCCGCUCGCCCGCUCGUACCGCCUCCUCCCGCCACUCGGCUCCGCCUGGUCCCGCCACGGCACCGUCCUCGCCGGCCCUGGCGGCGCCGCCCUCGUCCUCACCGAGCUGGCCGCCAUCGCCUAUGCCCCCGGCGCUGACCGCUGGCUCAAGUUCUCCCUCUGCGACGUCGGCUUCUGUUCCCUCAACCUCCCUUCCAAGCCCCCCGUUCCCCCUUCUAUUCCCAUGUUUUUUUCAUAG